UAAUAAUACAUCUGCAAAGAAAUUUUGGAGAAGAAAAGUUGACCGCGGCAGAAGGAGGCAUUGAUUGGGGGAGAGAAACCAGCAGAGCACAGUUGGAUUUGUGCCUGUGUUGACUAAAAUUGAUGGAUAAUUGCAGUUGGAUUUUUCAUCAACCUCCUUUUUUCUUUUCUUUUCUUUUUUUUUCCUUUUUGGUGUCAAGAUCAUGCGUUUUCGCUUGUUCUUAACCACCUGGAUUUCCGUCUGGAUGUUGCUGUGAUCAGUCUAAAAUACAAUCGUCAAACACGUUGCCUGUUUGCAGCAUGGAGACCACAAUGGAGAGCUAGACUGUUUGAACUCCAGAAGGACCACCACCAGAUAAAUUAUGAAUGUUGAACAAGAUGACCUUACAUCCACAGCAGAUAAUGAUAGGUCCUAGGUUUAACAGGGCCCUAUUUGACCCCCUGCUUGUGGUGCUGCUGGCUCUUCAGCUCCUCGUGGUGGCCGGCCUGGUGCGGGCUCAGACCUGCCCGUCCGUCUGCUCCUGCAGCAACCAGUUCAGCAAGGUGAUCUGCGUCCGGAAAAACCUGCGCGAGGUUCCCGAUGGCAUUUCCACCAACACGCGGCUGCUGAACCUCCACGAGAACCAGAUCCAGAUCAUCAAAGUGAACAGCUUCAAGCACCUGAGGCACCUGGAGAUCCUACAGCUGAGUAGGAAUCACAUCCGAACCAUUGAAAUCGGGGCCUUCAAUGGUCUGGCGAACCUCAACACUCUGGAACUCUUCGACAAUCGUCUUACGACCAUCCCGAAUGGAGCUUUUGUAUAUUUGUCUAAACUGAAGGAACUCUGGUUGCGAAACAACCCCAUCGAAAGCAUCCCUUCUUACGCUUUUAACAGAAUCCCUUCUUUGCGCCGGCUAGACUUAGGCGAAUUGAAAAGGCUUUCGUACAUCUCAGAAGGUGCCUUUGAAGGUCUGUCCAACUUGAGGUAUUUGAACCUUGCCAUGUGCAACCUCCGGGAAAUCCCUAACCUCACGCCACUCAUAAAACUAGAUGAGCUGGAUCUGUCUGGGAAUCACUUGGCUGCCAUCAGGCCUGGCUCUUUCCAGGGCUUGAUGCACCUUCAAAAACUGUGGAUGAUACAGUCCCAGAUUCAAGUGAUUGAGCGGAACGCCUUUGAUAACCUUCAGUCACUGGUGGAGAUCAAUCUGGCACACAACAAUCUAACAUUACUGCCUCACGACCUCUUCACACCCUUGCAUCAUCUAGAGCGGAUACACUUGCACCACAACCCGUGGAACUGUAACUGCGACAUACUGUGGCUCAGCUGGUGGAUAAAAGACAUGGCCCCCUCCAACACAGCUUGCUGUGCCCGAUGCAACACGCCUCCGAAUCUGAAAGGGAGGUACAUUGGGGAGCUCGACCAGAAUUAUUUCACGUGCUACGCUCCUGUGAUAGUGGAGCCCCCAGCGGACCUCAAUGUCACCGAAGGCAUGGCAGCUGAGCUCAAGUGCCGGGCCUCCACCUCGCUGACCUCCGUGUCUUGGAUUACUCCAAACGGCACGGUCAUGACACACGGGGCGUACAAAGUGAGGAUAGCUGUGCUCAGUGACGGCACGUUAAAUUUCACGAAUGUAACCGUGCAAGAUACAGGCAUGUACACAUGUAUGGUGAGUAACUCUGUGGGAAACACUACUGCUUCAGCCACCCUGAACGUCACUGCGGCCACCACUACCCCUUUCACUUACUUCUCCACCGUCACGGUGGAGACUAUGGAGCCCUCUCAGGAUGAGGCACGGACCACAGACACCAAUGUGGGUCCCACUCCAGUGAUCGACUGGGAGACCACCAAUGUGACCACCUCUCUCACGCCACAGAGCACAAGGUCAACCGAAAAAACAUUCACCGUCCCCGUGACUGAUAUCAACAGGGGGAUGCCGGGGAUCGAUGAGGUCAUGAAGACGACCAAAAUCAUCAUCGGCUGUUUCGUGGCCAUCACGCUCAUGGCCGCGGUGAUGCUGGUCAUUUUCUACAAGAUGAGGAAGCAGCACCAUAGGCAAAACCAUCACGCCCCGACAAGGACUGUUGAGAUCAUUAACGUGGAUGACGAGAUUACAGGUGACGCACCCAUGGAAAGCCACCUGCCCAUGCCUGCGAUAGAGCAUGAGCACCUAAAUCACUAUAACUCUUACAAAUCUCCCUUCAACCACACGACCACAGUGAACACAAUAAACUCAAUACACAGUUCAGUGCAUGAACCGUUAUUGAUCCGAAUGAACUCGAAAGACAAUGUACAAGAGACUCAAAUCUAAAACAUUGACAGAGUUACAGAAAACAAACAA